CCGCCAAACUAGUACAAAAAUUCAAAGACGCAAAGAGUGCAAAAGGAUUCCCCCGUACAGGACAGUUUUUCCGAAAAUUCCAUCUGAAAUGUUGUGAAAAUCUGGCCAACUUGGGCGUCAAAGUGCACCGCAAACCCACAUCAACCCGUAACCGUGGCGAUUGUUAGCGAUAAUCUCAGUUUCGAGCGCUAUUUCCUCCAGAAAAUGCAGCAAGCAGACGAUCCCCCGUAUUUGACUGUUGGCACGGAGGUAAGCGCCAAAUACAAGGGGGCUUUCUGUGAGGCCAAGGUCCGCAAGGUGGUACGUAACAUCAAGUGCAGGGUCGCGUACAAACAGGUCGGACUGGGGUCCGGCGUCGUGUCCGACGACCAGAUCAAGGGGGCGCUCCGCGUUGGGGCAACGGUAGAAGUGAAACAUCCGGAACGGAAAGAAUACGUGGAAGCGACAUUAACCAAGAUCCAGGACUGUUCACAGUAUACGGUUGUGUUUGACGAUGGGGACAUUACGACGCUACGGCGCAGUGCAUUGUGUUUGAAAAGUGGAAGACAUUUCAAUGAGAGUGAAACGUUAGAUCAGCUACCGUUGACCCAUCCGGAGCACUUCGGGAAUCCGGUGAUCGGCGGUAGAAGGGGUAGAAGAUCGCGGCACCUUCUACCGGACGACAGUUCGGACGAGGACGAAGAACCGGCUACAAAUUCCCGUUCGAACAACAGCGACAAGGAGGAAAACAUCGGCAAGGUGGUCUGCGUCGAGACUACCGACAACAAGAAGAAGAACCCCAAGGAAAACUGGUUCCCCGGACUGGUGGUGGCACCUACCGCCCAGGAUACGGUGCGCAUCCGUGUCAAGGAUGAGUAUCUAGUGCGUUCUUUCAAAGAUGGCCGUUACUAUACGGUGCCGAAGAAGGAAGCAGCCGAUUUCAGCCGAGAUAGUACCAACAAAUCGGAAGCGGCUGCCGUUUCCGCUGCCCUGGAAUACAUGGACAGUGACGUAUUACCGCCGCACUGGGAUAGAGAGGUAUUGUUUGGAAUGUCCGGCAGUUGUAGCGAUUCCGAACAGGAACUGGAAACCGAUAGCUCGGACGAUGAACCUACGGAGGAAAAGGAUCACUUCGUAGCGCAAUUGUACAAAUUUAUGGACGAUCGUGGAACUCCUCUGAAUAAAGUUCCAUCCAUUAUCAAUCGUGACGUCAAUCUGUAUCGGCUGUUUCGUGCCGUGCAAAAGCUAAACGGCUACAACCGUGUUACUAGCCAAAAUCAAUGGAAGCAAAUAGCACUGCGACUGGGAUUUUCCCCGGCCACGGUCAGCAUUACCAAUUUGGUGAAGCAAGCCUACAAGAAAUUCCUGUUCUCUUUCGAAGAGUUCAACCGGAAGCUGGGUUGUACGAUGGUGCCGCAUCCUCGAACAAAUCGAUCCAAGGGCCGCAGUUUGGUGCGGGCCAGCUCGGUGCAAUCACCGAAAACUACAGAGAAGGAGAAGCCUUCCACAUCGAAAACAUCAGCGGCAGCCGCGGCCACGGCUGCAGCUGCUGCCGCUGCUACAGCUGCUGCUAAUGCUGCCGCUGCUACUGCGGCUGCUGCUGCUACUGUCGCGGCUGCUAAUGCUGCUGCUGCUGCAGCGGCAGCAGAAGCCGCAUCCAGCUCGGCGGUUGAAGAAUCUGGAAACACCAGUGAAUCGAGCACGGCAGAAACCAAACCGAUCAGUAAACGUAAACUGUCCGGUGCUAGUAUAGGAAAGGUGAAGGCUUUAGUUGAUAAGUUUGAGGAAAAGGAGAAAGAAAAAGAAAAGGAAAAGGAGAAAGAGAAGGAAAAGGAGAAGCCUAAGGAAAUUGUUGUGGUAAAGAAGGAAGAACCUCCGGCCACAGUGAAGAAGGAAAAAGUUGUUGUAAAGGUAACUACACCGAAGGCCAGUGACGUCAACGAAAAGCGUGGUCGGAAGAGGAAGGAAACAGAUUCGACUGAUUCGAAAAAAGACGACAAGGACAGUGGCAAGGGGUCGUCCAGUGGAGCGUCUUCGUCGUCAGUUUCCGGAGACAGUAAGAGCAGUAGUUCUUCGUUUUCGUCCGGGGAUGGGAAAAUUGUUCCGGACUUCCCGAUCGAAGUCGGAGACAAGCUGAAGGUCUAUUACGACGAACAGAAGGUAACCUACGAGGCGAAGGUGAUUGAGAUUGCGAUUCAGGAGGGAAGUCCCAUAUAUUUGGUGCACUACACCGGCUGGAAUACGAGAUACGAUGAAUGGGUACGGAAAGAGCGUGUAGCAGAGAAUCUUACCAACAGCAAGUCCAAGAAGGGCAAAUCGGACAAAAGUAGCAGCCACAACAACAAGAAUGCGCCUCCACCAAGGAAUAGAAGUAGCAGCACAGGCGGUCCUCCCGGAUCAUCAGCGAACUCAACGAGCUCAACCCCCACGGCUACAUCUACAGUUACGCCCACAGCUACUGCAACAACGCCGAAAACGUCCAAGAGAAUCCGUGGAAACUCUAAAGGAGACAUCACAAGCAAUACUCCAUCGACGCCUGUAACUGCGAGCUCACCGAGGUCCACCACCCCUAGCACAUCCUCGAACCGGAAUAAAUCUCCGGCGUCUGCCGGAGGUGGCAAUCGACGCCCUGUGACGCGAGGCGGUCAUCCAAACACUUCCUCGUCGUCAUCUAAACGCCGCACAUCUAACAACACGGACAUCUCAUCCCUUUCGAUACAAACUGAUGACACCAGCGAUACCGAUUCCGACGAGCCGAUCAAAAAGUGCCCGGCCAACACCAACAGCAACAGCUCGUCCUCGACGGCAUCGUCCAAUUCGUCCUCGUCGUCUGCGUCCUCCAGUAGCAGCAUUAGCUCCAGUAGCACGAAAGUAAGUACAACGGCCGAAGCGGGCUCGUCCUCGGACGCGGCGGCUAUUUCGGACGAAUUUAGCAACGGAGCCUCCAAGGGUCGCGAUUACGAUCUGAACCAAAUCCGCUCGGAACUGAAGGGAUUCAAGGAGCUGAAAUCCCCAACCUCACCGGCUUCGGACAGCACCACAACGGCCACAACGGAUGCACCGGGAACUCAAGGGCAGUCCAUGGCGACCGACGACGAUGAAAAGAGCAUUCCACCUGCCGGUGCGUCAACGCCGCCACGCGAUGAUGAACCGGUUUCGAUAAGCGCCAAAAGCGACGGGACUCCCCUGAAGGAUGAACUUGACGAUCCCAUCGAAGAGGAGCAUGAAAAGAGUUCCGAAUCGGAAACGCUCAGCGAAGAAGACUCUUCGCAAUCUUCGAAUAAAGCAUUUUCAAGUUCGCCCAUCACUGCGAUGGUCGAUUCGGAUACGGCUCCGGAAACACCGAUCCCACCACCGACGGUAUCGACUCCCACCCCGAUGGUUGUCACAACCAACGUCGUCACUUCCGUUAUAUCGACCAAUUCCAGCAUAGGAAUGGUGAUCAAAAACAGCAAAACCAUCGACACCAGCACAUCCAAAAUCAUCGACAAGGUUGUCGAAAAAACCUUCGAAAAGGACAAAUCAACCGGUGGUCCAUCCGGAAUAACGCACAAGCCUCCGCUGAAGACAUACGGAACGGCUGCGGCCAUCAUAGCAAACGCUGAGAACAAUGCCGUCAAAUAUGCAGUCAGUACCAUCAUCCGAGAGACAGAUGUUGAAAAGAUCUUCCCCAUAGGAUCAGCACCUGCAGCUGGUCAACCUGCUGCCAACGCACCUGCUCCUCCUUCUCCUUCUCCGUCUCCUUCUCCUUCUCCUUCUGCUCCAGCUCCAGUUACAGCUCCAGCUAAAGAAGUACCGGCUCCAGUAAUUUCCAAACCAUCGCAUUUGCUUCCGGAAGAGAAGGCCACCACCGUGGUAGCCGCGGUGCAUCCCAUUCAGCGUCCAUCCAACAAUCCUUCGACAUUUGCAGCCGGUUCUUCCGGUUCUACAGCUGCUACUUCUGCUUCUGUUGCUUCCAUACAAACGCCAUCGAAGAGUACAAAAAUGAUCAACGUUCAGGACGAAAUCGUUGCUACCGUCAUCAACAAGACGGCUAUUGCUGCGGCUACUACGGCCACGGCCGUCUCAGCAGCCGUAUUGUCUGCCAUUCCCGGAAGUUCCGGCAUUUCGCUUCCCUCGACUACAUGUUCCGUAACACCGGCUGGAUCGUCCAGUAGCACACUGGCUGCCCUUCGAGCCGAGAAGAAACUUACCGGAGAUAAGAGGAUGGAGAAAGUUAUGCCCAUCAGCAAACUUGGAGCAGCAGUAGGUUCGGUGCUUCCGGCGGAAAAGAAACUCUCCUCAUCAACGUUGACCCCGGCGCAGAACAAACUGCUCAGCAAGGAAGCAUUAUCCAUCAAAUCCAUUUUCGAAUCAACCGCCACCAAGAUUGAGAAGAACAUUUCGGAUGUCUACGAAUUUAAGGACGUAGAAUUUGAACCGGAACUGAAGACCGCAGGCGGAGCCACUCCAAGAAAGCAUGUAUCGGAAGUUCCGCCCGCGGAAGUCGUCAGUUCCAUCCAAACACCUGUUCUGGUGGUGUCCGAAGAGAAGAAGCUAGUCAAGAAGGGACUGAUACGGAAAACGGAAACUAUAGGGCUUACGGAUAAAAAGACGAAAAAGAUCUCACCGAUGAAGGAAACCGAUAAGCUCAAACUGGUCAGGCGAGAAAAAGAAAGGGAUCCGGAGAAGGAGAAGCUACUGCUGAGUGAGUUGGAGGGUGCUGCUGCGACCUUCAGCAGCAUAAUGGUUACUCCGGAAAAAUCCUCACCACAUUUCGCUGGAUUCUCAUCCAAUCAGAAGGACCCUCACUCAUUUGAUGUGUUUAGAAAGUCACCUAGCAUCCCCAUUGUCUCGCAUCGAGACGAAAAACCUGUGCUGGAAGACGACCACAAACCGGAAGCAGCCAAACUGGGUGCCGUUACGAAAGGAAUUUUCACGCCGGUAAUGUCCCCUUCUGAACCGGAACCUUCCUGCAGUGUUUUAGCCAAGAGUCCUUCCAAGUUCGACGAAAAAGUUAAGGAAGAACCUACGUUGGAAAAUUGUAAAAAGUACUUCAAUGACAUGAACUUUGAUUUCGAUACUCCCAAAACAGAGAAACCUCCGUCGAUCGCUGAUAAAGUACUGAAGGCUCUUGGUCAACAACCCCAACCCCAUGUUAGUGCCGUCAAGCCUGAAUUUCCCAAAUACAGUAUCCCGGUCGUUCUUCAUAAGCAUCCUUCGCUUGUACCCAUAGAGCCUGUCAGUAGUUCAUUACCAGUGGUCACGGUACCACCGAAGCAGGAAGUGCCCAGCUUCAGUGCCAUAAUCCCGCUGAAAGCGCAUCACACUCAGCCGCCCAAGAUUGAAGUCCCCACCAUCAUGCUCAAGAAGGAAAUCGAACUGGUGAAACCGAUUCUGAUCGUAUCUGCUAAGACACCACCAACGUUCUCAUGCAGCCAGGAAAUCCUCCCUCCAACCACAUGCACCAAGAGCCAGGAUCUCACCGAAUCCAUUAAAAAGCUGGAGACGUCCAAUCUGGUUCAGGCAGACUCAUCUCGGUUCACACACCAUGAUGAUGAUAGCACCGACAGUAACGAUUCCGAGGAGCGUCUCGUGAUAGAAGAUGCCGAGGCAAUGGAUCCCAACCAGCAGACCGACUUUGAAAAGCUCAUCAAAGUGGAAGUCGAAGAAAAACCGAUGCUCUCGCACGUCGAGAUGCAUUCAGCUGCUUCGGCAGCCGCGGUGGCCGCCGUGGCCUGCAAGGAGAAGCUCAUUUACAAAACCGAAACCCACCAGGACAUCAAAGAGGACGUCACGAUCAUGUACGGCCUCAGCAGCCACGUCGACACAAAGAAGGGUAAGCAGCCAAGUAUUCUCGAAUCGAUCAUCCAUGGCGCCAUGGGUUCGCAAAGUUACCUAAAACUCAAAGACCAUCAAGAUUCGUUCGCCCAAAACGAGCUGGAACGACUUCGACGCGAAGAACAACUCCAGCAACAACAGCCACACACUCAACCGAAUCCUUCACUCGCAGCUCCACUUUCAGAAUCUACGACUCCCACCAUCACGACGGUGACGACGCCAACAGACAAACAACAACAGCAACAGCAAACCAACAAUAGCGAAUCCCUGUCGAUGCUACUGUGCGAGGAAACGAUACCCGGUUCACCGGCUCCGGUAUGCGGAGUAUCUUCAGCCGCCGCCCAGAAGGAAUCUACCAAGGUGUACGUCGAGACAGGGUCAUCCUUUUUGCCGCCGCAAAAUAUCGCAUCCGAUUUAAAACCGGUCCCAAUGGACUUGGAACCAACGUCGGAUCCGAUAGCACUCAAUUCCGCUGCCGCAACGGCAGUGCAAUCGAUGACGAGAAAGUCGACUACGGCAGCCGGUAGCGGCGGCUGUGGCACCGAUGCAAAUGAUACGCCCAACAGUUCGCCCCGAGAUUCGAUCAGCCAGGACGAGAAUCAAGAACAUGAGAUUUCACCAACCAAAAAGAGACGCCAGAGGAAAACUAGUGAAGAGCCCACCAACAAACGGAGGAGAACUACUGGGACAUCGCACAGCGGCUAUGGUUCGAGAGGAAGCCAUCGGACGAUGGGCAAUAACGCAGCAGCUACCGACAGUGAGGACAACUCCGAUUCGGUGGCAUUCCACCGGGUUAGCGGCUCAGGUAAUAUAUCGUCUUGUGCCGGAGGUUCCAGCUCAGCAUCACCCGGCGGCAAAUCCGGUCGACCUUGCCAGUACAAUUUCCUCGUUAAUUUGGAUCCCGCGCUCAACAGCGGCCAGCGGAUAGCCAUUCUUAAGAAGAAGAUCCAGGAGCUGCGCAAAACGUACAACGCGAUCAAAGCCGAAUUGGCGAGCAUCGAUCGCCGACGGAAGAAGCUUCGAAGGCGCGAGCGGGAGAAUAAAAAACAGGCCAAACUGGCCGCCGGCACUGGCAACAGCUAGGCGGCUGCGGACCGACGCCCUCACCGACGCCAGCCGGACCGAUUGUAAUUAUAGAACUAUACAUUGAUGACAUUUAUUUACACUCAUUUAACUUAUGCAUCAUUUCAUAGUCGGUACGAAUUGUAUACUAUUAUCGUGUGAUUAAAUUUUCAUUUAGACUUAGGCGACCACAAACAGCAUAUACACAUCAAUACAAAACAAAGUGAAACUCUAGAGUGAUUAGAUUGUAAGCAAGAUUAAGUGUAAAAACUUUUAGAACCUCAUCUUUGAAUGUGGCUGUUUGUGGGGGCAGUAGUAGAAGUACUUGCGUUUGGAGAUAGCUUUCUAAACCUCCAGCAUGUCUGUGUGCUAGCAAAUAAGUACUAUAUAGGUAAUAUAAUUCUAUUUUAGAUUUUAGGAACGUGAGGAAAGUUCGCAAUCUGUUACUGUUCAUAUAGAGAUAUUUUUUAAAUCUAUUAGUUUCAAUCAUGUAUCGCGUCUUAUUAGUUCGAAAGUUUUUGUAGCAACUAAAAAUUGAAAAUAAUGUCCAACAUGUCAUGCAAUUCUAGUAAUUAGUAUUCUCUUGUUAAGAAACUAGUUUAAACUCUUGAGAGUAUGUUGUACAACUGCAAUUGAUUACAGAUGGAUUUCAAAACUUUACACAGCUGUUCUAUUCACAACUUCGGAAAAAGGAAAAAAGUGCAAACCAACCGUACAGGAACAGCAAAAGGCAACUGAUAAGCAUGUUUAUUUGUUGUCGAAUGUUGGUGUAAAUAAGCACACACAGCAGGACCGUACAAACAGUCAAGCAACGGCUGAAUUGAACUCUCAGUAAUGUGAAGAAUAAUUGAAACCUCCGAUGAUGCUCGCAAUCAACUAGCAGCACUUUCCCAGAAUCUAAUGCAGACAGGGACUCAUACGUACAUAAAAUACCUACACCUACAUGUUGAGUAAAAAAUCCCUUUUAACCUAAACUAUAAGCUGACACAAGUUCAACUUCUCUUUCAACGCAGUCUAUACACAAAUUACUAACACACAUUGUAAGGUGUGAGUUGUGCAGUUCAGUAAAACUGCAAUUCACAGCAACAUACAUACACACAGAGAUGGCUAUUUAAUUACAAAUAAAAAAA